ACAUCGGUUUUAAUGCAAAUUAUGAUUUGUAUCCACGUUGCUCGAUAACAUGUUGGUUUCCAUGCGACUUUAAUUAGAUUUGAAUCACUUUUCCGAUUAUUUAGUCGGACUGAGGCUUCCGUCCUAGUUUCUGUAAACUCCAUUAACCGUCAUGCCUCAGUUUAUUGUCUGAAGUCAGGAGGUAGCCUCAUUCCGCUGCACUGAGCUGAGCAGCUGUGCACAGUGGACGCUGCUGCUGCUGCUGCAGAGCUGUAUUUGAGAAAUCACUCCAAAGUUUGUUGUCUGGACUCGAGCAGCGACUGUAGCCCGAGCUGUGAGCCGCCUGUGAUGGAGGACUGGAGUCAGUAGCCGCCGGGACUGUGGUGUGGUAGCCUCCGCAAGUUCACCAUGAUGUCCAUGACUUUUGGGGUGUCAACCAGCGUGACGCUGCUGUUUGACUUCUGGGAUGUGCACGGUCCUGCAGGGAUGGUGCUGUCAGUGUUUGUGGUAUUUCUGCUGACCGUCUUCUACGAGGUGCUCAAAGUGUGGAGGGUGUGGCUGGGCAGGAGCUCUAAGCUCGCCCAGUCUCAGUCUGCGUACGCCGCCCCUCCUUCCAGCCGCAGCGACAGCAUCUCUGUACUGGAAAGCAGCCCCUCUGAAUGCUCGCUGACCCCCACGGAGUCCCAGCCUCCGGCCUCAAACACCCGAAACAGCUGGUUGCUGCAUGCUAUCCAGACAGCCCUCCACAUGCUGCAGGUGACUCUGGGCUACAUGCUGAUGCUGUGCGUCAUGUCCUACAACACCUGGAUCUUCCUCGGCGUCAUCGUGGGCUCGGUCCUCGGAUAUUUCAUCUCAUUCCCCCUCCUGGGUCACAUCUGAUGGUAUGGACACUACAGACAGACAGAGGACAAUACUUUUUCACCCCGCGUUAAAAGCAUCACAUGCUCUCGAUGCUGAACUGGGAACUGUUGAUUGACUAAUUUCGGCGCGUUGUUCCGUUGCUCCGGGUACAGAUGAUAUUUGCGAAAACACUGAGGGCACGAGCGAAAUUUCUUGUAUGUUGAUGCACACUACUGCUGCUCAAACUCCUCUGGAUGUGGGAUUUUUUUUUUUCAUGCACAAAAUAAUUUCUGAUUGUCCAACACUAGUUUCAGUGUUCAGUCUGCGGCUUCGGAAGUCAGUUGUUCAAUUGAAAACACUCAAACUGGAAAUAUAAAGUUAUGAUAUUUGAGCAUAGACACCAAACAUAUGAUUUCAGUGUUGUUUAGAUGGUUCAUUUGCGUUAAAGGGACAUAAUGUUCUGUUUCUAAGGAAGUUUCUUACAUUUUAAUGAGCAACACAAAAGGCAAAGAGGAUUGUAGUCUCAGGGGAAGGAGUGCUGCUUUGCUUAAACUCUUUUCUUUUUGUUUAUUUAUGCUUAAAUCGUAAUUGUCCUCCGCCACCAGGCAACACAACUGACAGUUGGGACGUCAUGCACAUAGCUUGCGGCACAUUACGGUUAUUUCUGUGUUUUAUGGUUGAACUUGGCAGACUUUUAGCUGCUACACUGUAUUUUACCAAAUAAUUCAAGGUGUUGUGACACUACAGAUGAUCAAAAAAUGUAUUUCUUGUCAGUUAUAAAAUGAGAUCUCUGAAUUUGUUAAUAAGACACUCCUGCUACAGCUUUAAGUGCAACUCAUCCUCAAAACCUUUGUGUUCUUUUUGACUGCUUAAAAAGCAACAUUUUCUGAGUGGAACCAAAAACAAGGUAUUCAAUACCAAUUUGCUAUCAUUUUUUAGGCGAAACCUGAAAGCAGACUCUGGGAACUGAGAUUGACAGCGAGGUUUCGUAAGACAGAGCUAAGAUUCAGGAACUGACUCAUGUGAUUGUUGCUGGUGAACUUAAUGUGUCAUCUUGGUUCACUAAGUGACCGAAGUCACUGUCACGCGUUUGUCAGGAGACGGUAAAAGUGGAUCAUGUUGUUUUGUGGUAAUCAUUGACAAACGGAGAACCUACAAAGGAAAAAAACCUGCAAAUGACAUUUCAGAUGUGUUUGCUGUUGAAAUAUUCUCUUUGAGCUGGAGUAUUUUAAUGAGUUUUACAACAGAUUCUGACUAUACAAACAUAUUCAAAGAUAUUUGAUCAUUUACUGUGGAAUUUCAGUAAUUUUCUGUGAUAGUUUUCUGUCAUGAGAACUCGAUCAACAAAAAUAAAGAAAAAAAGUUGGAAAAAA